CCCUAACGAUGAUUUAAAAAAAAUAUCUGUGACGUUUCUUGCCCUUAACACAGCAUUGUAUCCUUGUUAUUUACACAAGCCAAUGUUACGUACAUCUGUGCCGGAACUUCCGAGCGUCGUCCUUGGCGGAAGUUGCAGUUUUCGCUUUACCCCAGAUCCUGCAAAUUUGUCAUCCUACCAACCCUCUUCUAGUUUAUUGCAAACAGAACCACCCAAAGGCACUUUUUAGAGCCACGUCUUUUCUUGUUUACUUGUCCUUGAUGUGUUUUACCUGUUAGCCGUUGUCUCUCACUGUCACUGUGCUUAUCUUUGUGUUUGUCUUAUUUGUUCAUCUUUCUGUUGCCUGUCUAUCUGUCUGUGGGUCUUCAUCAUGAGCGAUUCAGAGCUUGAGGAUCUGCUCCAGAGUUCUGAUGACCUGGUUCAUAAGCUGGACUUGCAAGAGGUGGAUGACUCGGUGGGUGGGCUCCAGAAAGAGCAAGCUACUGCACCUCUGCCAAAGGUUAAGUGGAAGAAGAGGGAUAGCGAUGGCAACGUAAUCCGAGUACCACACUCAAGGCGGAGUCAGUCUAACCAGGCUAGCUGCAGUCAGAAGUCUAAUCCUCCUGUUGAUGCUCCUGACACUAGCUCUGAGGUGGUCUUUGCUCCAGAGGCUAUUGAGGGGUUUUUACAAGACCUCCAGCUGUCUUUGUGUGAUGCCACAGGAGAUGAGAUGGAAGCACCAACCCCAAGACCUCUUGUGGCUUCAUCCAACUGGAGCACCAGAAAAACGAUCUUUUCAGAAAGCUGGAGGGCAGCAAGACCACAGCUGGUUAACACUGCAGUUGCACGAGAAAAUGUGGAAGCCCACAUGUGCCAACAGUGUACGAGCAAUUCCGCUGUUGUCCGUUGCCGUGAUUGCCGUCCACGCCCCUUCUUCUGUGCCGACUGUGAUGUCAGCAUGCACACCAGACACCCCCUCCACAACAGAGAUGGCAGUACUGCGGGAUUCUUCCAGCCAUUGCCCCCAACAACGUAUGUGUUGAAUAGGGCCCUUAUCCCCUGUGUGCGUUAUGUACCUGUGGAGAUCCCUGAAAAAAUCUGUGGUUGUCCAACAGACUCAUUAAGGAUCAAACCAGGAAAAUCUGUGGCUGUGAUCACAAUGAAUGGACGACAUGAGCUCAGCAUGCCAGAGUUGGCUUGCAGUGCAUGCAAAGCCACUUGGACUGCUGGAGUUGAGGAAGUUCUUAGGUGUGACUACUGGCCAGCUACACUUCACUUUGCCACAAUCUAUGAAACAGAUGUUUUCUUCUCAUUUGAAGAAUUGAAAAUGGCUGCACCUGGACUGUCCUGUCAGGCAUUUUUAAAAAUGCUCGAUCAGCGAACUGUCCGCUUUGGGCGUACAGGGAAAAUCUCAGGCGAUAGCUUCUUGAAAAGCUUCUUCGAGUGGGAGGCUGUGAGAUAUGAGGUGGACAGCCUCUGCAAGGAGGAGCCCUUCACCUGUCGAGCAUGCAGCCCAGAAACCGCAAGCAUUACCGCUUCAAAAACGCAGCAAGGGCGUAACGACAUGUUGACACUCAUGGCCAUGCGGUGGAAUGAGCAGAAGAUGAAGAACUUGGCCACCUACCUGUCCCGCAGAUAUUUAAAAACCACAAAAGCUCUCGACAUGAAGACAAUGGAAGUGGAGUCGAUGAAGGCCGAGUUGGCAGCGACCGAUGGGCAAUUCGAGGACUGGGUCAGGGAUGUGAAGGAUUGGGCAGAAAGUGAGUAA